UGCUGGCUCUGUGUCUAUUCAGGAGACAUUCGCAUGGAACGAUCCCAUUCUUCAGCCCCCUCGUUUACGGGCAUUCCAGCUCCACUGCUGUGCACUGGAGGCUGGGAAGCUGCAGCUGUCAGGAUCCUAAUCCCUCCUGCGAGGACUCGCUGCCAGUGGUACAGUAGUAAACUGCAGGCAUGCUUCGGGCUGACCUUUCCAGCACCCUCUGAGGUCUCUCCAGCAAAACAAAAGUUGUGAAUGACACUUUUUAAGCUUCUAGAAACUCAGCUAACCCAUUUAGGUAUAUCUGGACUUAACAUUUAAAGAAUGUUGACCUUAAGGUAGACAGGUGUAAUGAAGACUGCUUUUUUUUUUUUCUUUUUUUCUUUGUUCCUUUCUGUCUGUCUUUCUUUUUCUUUCUUUCUUUUUUUUUCUUACCAAUGGAAGAGGAGCUAAAUUGGGAACAAAAGGCGCGUGACCACGUUUGCUGUUGUUUAGCCAGUGACCUCAGGGACCGGAUGUUACUGAACUUCACGCUUUCCUCACUCAUAAGCUGCAGGGGAAAAUGAUUUGUCUUCUGAUCUACUGAGACAUACUGCGAAGAACAAUGCGGUGGCUGUGAAAAGUGUUCUGGGAUCCUUGGAAGAAAGGAGUGCUAUAUAAAUUCACGUUUUGAAGAAAUGAUCAAGAAAACAUCAAUAUAUAGCCAUCGAUUAGUUCACUGCUUAAUGGAUCCAGUAGCUGAAAAAGUGAAGAGAGAUGAUGACAAGAAGGUGGUUGCAGAGAUCAUGGCAAGAUGUUUUGUUCCAAGCCUAGUAACAACCACCCCAUGGGAGGAAUUUCACUUUGUCGGUCAUGAGAUUCGGAUUACUGAAGCCAUGGAUUGUUACGGUGCUGUUGUUUGGCCAUCGGCCCUUGUUCUAUGCUAUUUUCUGGAAACAAAUGCAAAGCACUAUAAUAUGGUUGACAAAAAUGUGAUUGAAAUUGGAGCUGGAACAGGGCUAGUCUCCAUCGUGGCAAGUUUACUUGGUGCACACGUGACUGCCACAGAUUUACCUGAAUUACUUGGAAACCUGCAAUAUAAUAUUUCCCGAAACACCAAAAUGAAAUGUAAGCAUUUGCCUCAGGUUAAAGAACUCUCCUGGGGUGUAGCUUUAGAUGAGAACUUCCCCAGGUCUUCCAACAAUUUUGACUAUAUCCUGGCAGCUGACGUUGUCUACGCCCACCCUUUCCUGGAAGAACUCCUCAUUACCUUUGACCAUCUGUGCAAAGAAUCUACCAUCAUCCUCUGGGUCAUGAAGUUCAGGCUGGAGAAAGAAAAUAAAUUUGUAGAUAGAUUUAAGGAGUUGUUUGACCUGGAGGAGAUUUCCAGUUUCCCUAGCUUGAAUAUUACGUUGUAUAAAGCUAUGAAGAAAAGUCAGAGGAGUGCAUGAUACCCUCAAAGGAGGGCUUCGAAAGCAAAGGUGAUUUCUAGUAGAGUGUUCCUUUAAAGAAGAUCCUGGAUGAUCUGACAUAGCACUGCCUUUCCCAAGUACCCCUCCCCACCCCAAACUUGCCUCACCCAGACAGGGAGUUUCCUAGAUACAGCACCUGGUUCUGGAGGGUGGUCCAGUCAUACCGUGUAGUGAUUGAUUAGGACAAGGCCUGCUUUCCUUAUCCUUCUAUAGCACCAUUUAUUAUUAUUGUUAUCAUUCUAAUAGAUGAUACUAUUAUUUUUAAUGUA